GCAACUCCCCACCCCCCCUGCCCGCUGCCAGAGCUGCAUCAAACGGCUCUCAGGUUUCUGCUGAUACUGCAGCGUCAAGACAUGGCUCGAGUUUGCUCCGCUCUCUUACGUAUUCAGCAGUCCAUUUGCUCCUGCCACACGCGUCCGUCUCCUGCCUCCUGCUGCUGCUGCUGCUGCUGCUGCUGCCGUUGGGACGAGCCAAGAGUCACUCCGGAGAUGCGGUUGCGGGACUGCGGCUCUCUCACAUCUCUCCAGCCGACGCUGCCCAGCGCAAGGCUUCUUCUCCAGAUGUCUUAAAGGAAGAGAUCGGGAGAGCCAGCAGAUACUUAGGACAACCUAUUCUUAUUAAUUAAGCCUUCGGAAAAAGACACUUUGCACGCUCUUCCACCUGCCGACUCCCUCACUGCGGUUUUCAGCAGAAACUACUUAAACCCACUCGCCCUUGGUGCAGCCUGAGUGUAUGAAUACUGAAGCGUCUCACAGGCAGUCCUGUACAGCGAUCACAGUAUUAUUAAGAGGGGGUGCAAGAGGAGGAGGAAGAAGGCUGAGUUUGCCACUGCGGUUUUUGUUUUGCUCAGGAUUUUUUUUGGAUGGUGCAGCAAGACGGCUUGUCGCAUUCUGGCACUGGCUCCUAUUCCUAACCAGCACAUCUCACACAGAGCAGCAUCCGCAGUGAUGAUCGAGUUGGCAAGAAAAGUGGCCGGAUCGAGUUAAAGGCGAAAGGAGACAGCUGGGGAGGGGACCCCAGCCAGGAGGUGCACCCCAGACACCUUCAGCCUCCUGGCCUGGGGGGACAGGACCCCUCGCCUUACCUGCCCUCUGCCCUCACCCCCCAAAGCCUGGGUCCCCCAUUCUCUGUACCACAAUGACUGUCAUGGCUGGAGAGAACAUGGAUGAGACUUCUGUGCUACCUGGCCACCCCCAGGAUAGCUACCAGCCCGCUGCCCAUGAUGACCAUGAAUGCUGUGAGCGUGUAGUGAUAAACAUUGCUGGACUACGUUUUGAGACGCAGUUAAAGACCUUAGCCCAAUUCCCCAACACACUGCUGGGCAACCCCAAGAAGCGCAUGCGGUACUUCGACCCUUUGCGCAAUGAGUACUUCUUUGACCGAAACAGGCCCAGCUUUGAUGCCAUCCUCUACUACUACCAGUCUGGGGGACGGCUUCGCCGGCCAGUCAAUGUUCCCUUGGACAUGUUCUCUGAGGAGAUCAAAUUUUAUGAGCUGGGUGAGGAAGCUAUGGAGAAGUUCCGGGAAGAUGAAGGGUUCAUCAAAGAUGAGGAGAGACCCUUGCCAGAGGGAGAGUAUCAGCGCCAAGUAUGGCUCCUCUUUGAGUACCCAGAAAGCUCUGGGCCUGCAAGGGUCAUUGCGAUAGUCUCUGUCAUGGUGAUCCUCAUCUCCAUUGUGAUUUUCUGCCUAGAGACAUUACCUGAGCUGAAGGAGGACAAGGAGUAUACAGUGCAUCGUACUGACAACACCACUCAGGUCUACAAAUCCAACAUCUUCACAGAUCCCUUCUUUGUUGUUGAGACACUGUGCAUCAUCUGGUUCUCCUUUGAGCUGGUGGUGCGUUUCUUUGCUUGCCCCAGCAAGACUGAAUUCUUCAAGAAUAUAAUGAACUUCAUUGACAUUGUGGCCAUCAUCCCUUACUUCAUCACCUUGGGCACUGAGAUGGCUGAGCGGGAGGGGACUCAGAAGGGAGAGCAGGCCACCUCCUUGGCCAUUCUGAGAGUCAUCAGACUGGUAAGAGUCUUUCGAAUCUUCAAACUCUCCCGGCACUCUAAGGGCCUCCAGAUUUUGGGACAGACCCUCAAAGCAAGUAUGAGAGAGCUAGGUUUACUAAUCUUCUUCCUCUUCAUUGGGGUGAUCUUGUUCUCUAGUGCGGUGUAUUUUGCUGAGGCUGAAGAACCUGAGUCUCAUUUCACAAGUAUCCCUGAUGCUUUCUGGUGGGCGGUGGUAUCCAUGACCACUGUGGGCUAUGGUGACAUGUACCCUGUGACAAUUGGAGGCAAAAUCGUAGGCUCCUUGUGUGCCAUCGCUGGUGUGCUGACAAUUGCCCUGCCUGUACCUGUCAUCGUGUCCAACUUCAACUACUUCUACCACCGAGAAACAGAAGGGGAAGAACAGGCUCAGUUACUUCACGUUAGCUCCCCAAAUUUAGCAUCUGACAGUGAUCUCAGUCGCCGCAGCUCUUCUACUAUCAGCAAAUCUGAGUAUAUGGAAAUCGAAGAGGAUAUGAAUAAUAGCAUAGACAAUUUUAGAGAGGCUAAUCUCAGAACUGGCAAUUGCACUGUAGCCAACCAAAACUGUGUUAAUAAAAGCAAGCUGCUGACUGAUGUAUAAACAAAAGACCAAAAUCCGCACUCACAGCUUGAAGACUUAAGUGACAUAGUCACACUUUGUAGAUGCUUUACUGAUAGUAUUUGAAUGCUUUAUUUACCUCGUAAAUGCAUUGUUGCAUUGUGAGUUUUUGCUCAGCGAUAAAGAAGCUUCCAGGAUCCAUGAAUGAUAAAAUUUUGUUUACUUAAAAAAAACAAUCCACGUUUUCCACCUAGUAAAUGAUGACUAUUUGAACUAGUUAGGUUUCAAUCUGAAUGAUGCUAGACCUAAACUUUUCGUCUUCCGUCUACCUUUUUUUUCUUUUUUUUUUUUUUUUUUUUUUUUUUUUUUUUUUUUUUUUUUUUUUUUUUUUUUUUUUUUUUUUUUUUUUUUUUUUUUCUUUUUUUCUUUUCGAACUUAAAUUCAAUUAAGGAAGACAGUUUUUAAAACUAGAGCAUACGCAUGGAUUCCAGUAAAAAUAUCCUGCAAACAUGCACAACUGUAAGAGAGUGGAUCAGAUAAUAGUAAAAAAGUAUUAACAUGCAGCAAGUAUGUACCAUUGUUUUUAUGAAGGGAUGCAAAUUUUCCUUCGGCACGCCAUAUGAGAGAGAUUACAUAGUUCCAACUUGCAGAUCAGCACCUUAUUUAAAUACGCAUAAAACUGGUCUUUUUUUCUAUCCAUAGAAGAAUUAUUUUAAAAUAGCAAACAGAACUGAAGGUAAAACAUUUGCACUGCUGCUAAGUUCUCUUAUAUGCAGAUGAUCUUAAUGCACUUUUCCCUGUCCAGGACUGUAUAGAAAACUUCUAGUCCUUCUGUUGCAAGACAGCACAAUGUAGUUUAAUAUAAGCAUGUCUGAAUUUGAUGCUAUUUAUUUUAUAAUCGCAUGCCUGAAACUUUACCUCAGACACUAAUGGAUAAGCUUUUGUUUGAAAUGAAUCUUCUAAAAAAUAGGUCCUUUAUCUCUCUUCUUUUUUUUUCUUUUUCUUUUUUCUUUUUCUUUUUUUCCUUUUUUCUUUAUUUUGGUUUGCAUUCACCAGAAGUGCACUACUUAACUUACUAAAUUGUUAACUAGUACUUUAAAGCAUAUGUUAGUCAAAUGGAAAAAAUAACUUUUGGAGAUCAAAGCAUGUUCAAGUAUUCAGUAUUAUGGCCUAUUUGAAUAAUAUGUAACUUAAUUAAUGCAUGAAUUUAAUAAUAAUAAAAAAAAAUAAAAAAUAAAAAGUGCUUGAUAGAUCAAAGGCCUGAAUGGACAGAUUAGAGAAAUCUGUUUCCCUGUGCUGCUCAGGAAAACAUGUUGGCUUUUAUCCGGGCAUUGUCAGAAAGGGAUAUAUCCCAUAUCUUAAAGGGAAAGCAAUAUGGAAAACUAAGAAGACAAGUUAUAUAUAGUGGCACCUAAAACCUAGUAUCCUUUAUAUUUGAAAGGUGUAGAUGCAUGCUUUUUGGUGCAUUCUCAGAAUGUAAAUGAAAUUUAUCUACUGUAUGCAUCCAAAUUGCAGCAGCUGUUUUUUUUCGUUGUUGUUGUUUGUUUGCUUGUUUGUUUUUUGCAGUCAUUAUUUGAGAUUUUUUUUUUUUUUUUUUGUAUUCCCCUAAGCUCACUGAAGAGACUUAACUGACUGAUUUAAAUAGUUGUGCAGUGCCUUUGUCUUACAUCCUCUAAACUGCUGAAAGUGCCUCCGGGAAUUGAGCUGAUCAGAGGUAAAGAAAGGGCAAGGACCAACACACCAGAAGAAGAGUUCUGCACUACCUCUUGGCUCAGCACAGAAAGCGAUAGAGAAGGAAUGAAAGAGCAACCAUGAA